AUGCGCGCCAUGCAACCUGACAUCCCAAUGACUGCCGAGCAGGUCCUGGAGAGUGUUGGACGAUAUAAAAUGAAGAGCAUCAAUGAUUUUACCCAUUUUGAAUCCACCUCCAAGAUAGACCCCUUGGACCAGUAUUCCUUCCCUGACGCUACGGAGGAACUGACCAAGGAUUGGCCCUGGGAUGAGGCUGAGAGACUUGUGAAAAGAUCUACAAGCUUGCAGAACAUGCUGGGCGCCCUAGAGACAAACACCAAAGUGAAGGACAUUGUGGAGGAUAGCAAACACUGGCCAGUGGACAAGGAUUUCGAAGAGGUCAUCGCUUGUCAAGAGAAUCCGACAUGGUCACCAAUCGCAUCCCUGGUGGCAAAGGACGAAAUCAAAUUUCCCCAUUUCAUUGUCCUCAUGAGCCACAACGAUACCGAAGGGAAUGAUAAUUUCUUGCUUCGCGAUUCUUGCCAUGAUGAUAACCCUGAUGAGGCACCCAUCAUUUGA